AUGAAUCCCUUUAUUGGCGUAUUCCAGCCAAAUAAAACAUGGCAUCGCAUCGGUCUCACUUCCGAAUUCCCGGAUAUAGCCCAAGGCGAUGAUGGCUGCCGGAUAACACCCAGCUGCAAAGCCUUCAAAAUUUACAACACAAUCGGCCAGGGUCCAGUCGAAGCAAGCGUCGAUCUACCGGGGGACCUGAAAGAUCAAGUGCUUAUCUUCAAGUACAAGGGCAAUUUCCAUGCCAUUGAUCACCAAUGCCCUCACUCUUCAUUCCCGCUUUCUCAGGGCAGUCUGUUCGAUAUUGAAGAUUUUGGAAUCACUCUCAGCACUGGAAUUACGUGCCCCAAGCAUGGCUGGUCAUUUGACACUGUAACCGGCAAGGCAGACCGUGGAAACUAUAGGCUCAAUAUUUGGGAAGUGCAGCUGCGUGAUCAACCAGGGUCUAACACCAGCGAUAAGGAGGUUUGGGUGCGGCGGAAACAAAGGAUUGGUUGA